AUGGGGGUGCGAGAUAUUUUGGUUGAGUGUAAAUCAGGGAAAUUGAAGAGAAUUAAUGAGCUAAACCCGACAUACUUACCAUUGCAGUAUCCUAUUUUGUUUCCCUAUGGAGAAGAUGGUUAUCGGGAUGAUAUCCAAUUCAAUACGACGAUUACUCAAGCAGGUGGUAGCAGACAACAUAUAACUACUCGGGAGUAUUUUGCAUUUCAAAUACAUGAAAGGAGAAGUACAUUGUCUACCUUAUUGCAUGCUAAAAGGUUGUUUCAACAGUUCUUGGUUGAUGGAUAUACAAUGGUGGAAUCCGGUCGUCUUUUAUUCAUACGUAACAAUCAAAAGGCGUUGCGUUGUGAAGUAUACAAAGGUUUUUCUGAUGCAUUAUUUAGAGGAGAUAUAGACCCUGCAACUCAACGAACACUAGUACAAAAUUGA